UCAUUUAGGUGUUGUUUCCCUUGCAGAUCAAACGAGAGCAAAGCCUAUCCACUGAUUUUGGGAGACGAUGUAUUUGACAUUUAUUGCAACAUGGCCGUGGCCCCUACUGACAAUGACGCAUGCGGAGUUGGGGGAUGGACGCUGGUUAUGAAGAUCAAUGGAACAAAGGUAUACCUAUUCCAACAUAGCCCAUUUCGUCUUUUAAAUCAAGAAACUGACGAAACUAUGGAUUUUUUUCUUUUUGUCAGUAAUCGUUACAUUUAUGAUGAAAACUCAAAGAACACAAUAUUUUAUUGUUUUAUAGCAAAUUAUAUUGUUAUAUGGCUGGAAAUGUUUUCCCAACUGGUUACUUCGACGUCACAUGACAUUUAACAAUGAAACUGUUUCCCACCAAAAUCUCCGAGCGGGUAACAUUGCAAAGUCUAUGACAUCAAAGGGUAACAGUGGUUGUUUACCAUUUACAAAAAUUUCCGGGAAAUCCGGUUCGAAAGUAAAUGGAACACGACCUUUUAGGUCUUCCCAACGGAAAAUAUCCGGGAGCAACGGGACAUCUGAAAAGGUAGUCUUGUUUUUCCCGAAGGAAUACUCCAAACAGAAGUUCGUGUUCCAUUUCUUCAAAGCCAUCUUUGGUAUCAGUCUCACGACUUUGCGGCCGUUUUCCGGUAAAAGGAACUGAUUUGUACAGUUGUAAACGCGAUUCCAGUCCCGGAACAAGAUUUACCAGUCCUGAACUUUGCGAACCAUUUACACAAACCGUGAACCGACCUGUUCACCAAUGUAAAUGGUAAACAACCAGUGCACUGUUACCCGCGAAUGUUGACCGCUCUAAUCUCAAAUGUUUCUCGGGAAACGAAAAUAAAUUAUAACAACGUUGGUUGUACACGGCGCCGCUAGGCUUUGAAAGAGUGUGCUCACACAGGACGUAGCGUAAUUUGCUUCUAGCAUUGCUCCUAUAUUUCUAAAAUUAUGCCAAUAGUUAAUAUGUUAGUUUUUGCAAAUUAUGCUCAUUUUAGCAAAAAAAUGCAGAAAAUCAAGACCCUCUUGGAUUCUGGAUUCUCUGCCGUGGAUUCCGGAUUCCAGUUUAAUGGCUUCCACUCAUUGUCAGUGGGACGUGGAUUCUGGAUUCAAAACGUUAGUGGGAUUCUGGAUUCCAAAGCCCGGGAUUCCGGAUUCAAUAAUGAAAAUUUCCCAGAUUUGGGAAUCCGGAUUCCCUUGCAUGGGGCGAGUAAAAGAGCCAAGGAGCUUUUAAAAUAAUACACUUCUUUGAAAAUGACAAGUUUGUGCAGUCUGACGAGCUAAGUAUAAAUUGAUUACCUGGAUUAAAAGUAUGAAGUCCAAUUACAGAUAAUUCGGUGCAUCAGCCCAAAUUUUUUUGGGCUUGUCCGUUUAUGAAUCAAAACUUUUAAAUGAGUGCUUUAAAUAUUCCCCAUUCUGUUGCUAUCACAGCAAACGUUUCACUACGAUGCCGCCCUUUGGGGCAACAACGAAACUUUUAACCUUGAUGGAGGGAAGACUGGCUUCGACUCAAAUGAGACCAAACUUCCCACCUACUGGAACACAUCCUUCUCUAAGAUCUGCCUAGGUAUGAUGAUUGACAGCCAGGCCAAAUUUAUUACAAUCAGCAAGAACGCCAGCUCCCUGUAUUCUGUGAUCGCUGAUGGACAAUACCGCGACACUUCAUUGGGUCGUAACACGUGGAAGUCGCUGAUUGGUUCUGAGGCCUCCUUGCAACGCAACUGUAAUCAGGAGGGGUUUAACACCGUUGGCAAAGAGGCUGGUUCUUCCAAAGCGAGAAUCGGCAUCAUUGGAAACAAUGAGGGGAACUGUGGAGGAUGUGACUCCAGAAUCGGGUUUGGUACUGGAGGAAAUUAUGAUGACUUUAACACUUGUGGAAACGAAGCUAGGUACAGGAGUGAUAAUGGUGACAAGCACAUCAAGGCCAUGGGUUGCAUCUUAGUGCAGUGA